AUAGAUGUGGUGUGUAUUUUACUCACAGUAAAAGCACUAACUGGAGAAGGACGAAGCAUUAGACGCGAAGUAAUCGUUACAAACGAAAGGUAUGAUCGAAAAGUCAUGACUUUAUGGGGAGACUUUGCUGAAAUCGAAGGUCAAAUGUUACAAAGCCUUGAAAGUGAAAAACCAGUUCUUGCCUUUUGUGAUGUAAAAUCAUCAAUUUAUCAAGGGGAUUUUGUCCUUUCCACAACUCCUGUUAGUAGUUUGCUUAUAAAUCCACAAUUUGAAAAAGCGAACAAUCUCCAAAAAUGGAAUGACAACAUGAAGGCAGAAAAGAUUGACGUAAGUCUAAUGCCAAGCAAACUAAGUGAAAAUUAGUAAUAUUUUAAAUGGUUCACUUGCCAUUGUGAAGG